AUGCCGGAUGCCGAAGCCUCUCCGCUUCUAGGCCAUCCAACUCGACGUGCUCCCCAGACUAAGAGUGCCCUCGUGAGGCGUACAGCCCGGAGGAAGGAAUCACAGCUGCUGUUCCUCGCAGGGCUCAUAAUCUUCAUAUUUGUGGUCACCCUCUUGUUCACUGCGUUGUCGGAGUUGGAAUACAAAGUUAAACCUGUCACUCCGAAAAUCCAACUCCCGAAAGGUAUCAGAGAAUCUUGGGCACAGUAUACUCCGUAUUUUUCAACGUCGGAUUAUACGGACCCGCCGUCGCAAUGCGGAAUCACACAAGUUAAUAUCAUACAAAGACACGGUGCUCGCUUUCCUGCAACAGACGAAAACGAAGGGAAGGACAUACGAGAAGCACUAUCGAAAUUUGGACUGGUCACGACCUACCUCGACCCAAGAUUAAAAUUUCUGCAGAAUUAUAAAUACGAUUUGGGAGAGGAUGGCCUGGUGGCAUUCGGAGCGGCACAGUCCUUCGACUCUGGUCAAUAUGAUUUUACAAGAUACAAAGACCUUGUCAAUAAAACCAACCUUCCAUUUAUUCGAGCAUCAGGAUCAGAGCGAGUAAUCGAUUCAGCUAACAAUUGGACAUCAGGUUUCGUUCAUGCUAGCCAUAGAAAAGUGAAGCCUUUACUAGAUUUAAUUAUUGAGGAGUUGCCAAAUUCGAAUAACACUCUAAACAACGACCAGUGCCCUAAUGCUGGAAAUAGCGACAAACAGACACAGGUCUGGCAGAAUAUUUACGCAGAGGGAAUUGCAGCUCGUUUAAACGCAUCGGCACCUGGCGCGAGCCUCACGGCGAAGGACGUAACAAGUCUAUUCAAACUCUGUGCUUUGGAGACCGUCGCCAAGUCUAAACCGAGUGACUUCUGCGGGAUGUUUGAUCUGAAAGAGUUUGAAGACUUUGAGUAUUACGGAGAUUUGAAUAAAUAUUAUAAGAAUGGGUAUGGGCAAGACCUUGGACCUGUGCAAGGAGUUGGUUACGUGAACGAGCUCAUCGCACGUCUUACCAACUCUCCCGUACACGACAACACGCAAACAAAUCGAACACUCGACUCGAAUCCCACAACCUUCCCACUUGAUCGUCCAAUGUACAUCGACUUCUCACACGAAAAUGUGAUGACAUCAAUAUACAGCGCUCUGGGAUUGUUCCGUCAGGAGGGUGGGGACUUGGAUCCGAGAAAUCCAGAUAGAGAACGGACGUGGAUCGCUUCGAGACUUGUACCAUUCUCGGCGCGGCUCGUUACUGAGCGUCUGGAAUGCUCUGGAAUGACUGUUGUGAGAAUGUUUGUGAAUGAUAGACUCCAGCCACUUGAGUUUUGUGAUGGCGAUGAGGAAGGGGAUGGACUGUGCUUGUUGGAUAAGUUUAUUGAGAGUCAGAGAUACGCAAGGAGUGAUGGUGCGGGAGACUUUGAGCGGUGCUUUACAUAG